AUGCAACAUAAAAUAAAUUAUUUCCUAACUCUUUUUGUUAUUAUUACUAUUCUUUUUUCUUAUUUAUAUUGUGAUGCACAACAAAGUGAAAACUUACAAGACGAAGAUGGUGAUAGAUAUUUUGUUGGUAAAGGAAAUGUUACAUGUCAAAAAAAAGGAAAAGAAGGUGUUACUGUUUCAAUUUACAAAAAAAAUGCAAAUAAUGAUGGUUUAGAUUUGUUAAAUUCUACUAAAACUGACUCAAAUGGAGAUUUUGAUAUCGAGGGACACUGGACAAAAAGUAGUGAAACAAGUACUAAGAUAUGUUUUAAUGGUAGCUGCACAAAUGGAAGAAAAAAAAGAGAUUCAAGUGAUCAACAAAACAAACUUUGUUUUCAUUUCCCAUUUCAAAAUAUAACAAAGACAAAAGAAGAAGCUGAAAAAAAUCCAUAUGUAGUCUCAGUUCCAUUGGAUUAUUCAAGUCAAAAACCAAAACAAUAA